AUGGAAGAUCUCUAUUUCUUCAGAAGAAGCCGAUGCUCAUCAGCUAAACGGCAUCGUAGCCACUCACAUUCAUCGAAAUGGUCAAUAUCUAGCAAAAGGCGCUCAUCAUCUUUCAGAGGCCCUCGUCUCAGCAUGUACUUCCAAAAAUUGAGAAACGAGAUGAAUGACUUAUUCAGUCAAAUGGAUGAAAGUCAGUCUGACUCACAAUGCAGCCUUUUUCAAACCAAAAUCAAAUUUCCUUCAGAUAGAUCUGACUGUUCUAGUGUUAUUCAAGCAUAUAAACAAAAAGUGCUUGAUUUCUCUAUUUCAUCACAAAAGCCAAAAGCAAUUAAAAUUAAAAGCAGGAAAAGGAAGAGAUAUGAAAUAAUCGAAAGUGAGCUUUCAACAAGUGAUUCAGAUAAAGAAGAGACAAACUUGGAAAAACAAACUUUUGCUAAUGGCAGGUAUCCAGUCAGAAACAGAGUCCCAAGGCUGAGGCAUUGGCUCAAUGAAAAAAUGAUUUAUGAUUCAAAAGGUAAAUUUGUGGGAAUUGAAAAAGCAAAAAACGUUGAGAAAAAGUUUAUAACUAAAGGAAAUAAAAGGAAAAAGCCAAAUUCGACUAUUUUAGAAGAAGUUGAAGGCAGCUUAGUUAUUGCAGAUGCAAUCACAGGAAGCAGCAUUGUUGCUCAUUAUAACCUUUUUUGAAGAAGCAAAAAUGCAAGUUUCAUUAUAGAAGAUUCAAUAAAAACUUUUUCAAUCUUUUCAAAUCCUAAUUAUGAGGUAAAACAAGUUUCUUUUCCCAAACAUAAAGGCCUCACGUUUCCAAAGUCUUCUGCUUCAAUCAGAGGAAUGGUGCUACGCUCAGAGCGGCAUGGCUUUCAACUUCGCUUGAAUGGGCAAUCAUAUAACAUGAGCCAAUGGGACAGCUUUAUAAUACCUGAGCAAAACGAAUUCACGGUUUUUAACUUAUCAAAGAAGAUUACAGCACGUAUUUAUCUGUAUAUAUACUCAAAUUAA